CUCUCUCACAGAGCGGAUGUACAAAGAUAGACUACAAGACAGACAGACUGAGUGAGAGGAAGGUAUACACAAGAGGAAAACUAGUCAAGAGGCAGCUAAUCAAGACCAGCAAAUAACAUCCUUGUAUCAGAGUUGGAUAUGGCCAGGUUGGAUGUCAUAGAGAAGUUUCAUGGUAUUUCGUUUCCCGGACACCUGCACACCCAGGAUUCCUUACAGCGUGCUCUCAAAUUUCCGUUUGAGGACACGGAUAUCGUCAUUGUCUCCUACCCAAAGUCAGGCACCACAUGGAUGCAGGAAAUAGUGACUCUCAUAUCCAACAGAGGGAACCCACACUUGUCCCAAACUGUCCCAAACUGGGCUCGGGCUCCCUGGCUGGAGCAUUAUUAUUUCACUGAAGUGAUGGAGGCUUCACCCACCAGACCUGGAAUCAUCACUACACACAUGCCUCAUCACCUGCUGGGCCCCGCCCUCCAGGGCUCCAAAGCCAAGAUUAUCUACGUGAGCAGAAACCCUAAAGACGUGGUGGUUUCCUUUUACCACUUCCACAAAAUGGCCAACUUCCUCCCUGAGCCUGGCUCAUUUCCAGAGUUUUUAAAUCAUUUCCUGGAGGGCACACUGUUCUAUGGCUGCUGGUUUGACCACAUUAAAGGCUGGACCAGUCAGACAGCAGCUAUGAACGAUAUGCUUCACAUCACCUAUGAAGAAAUGUCAUUGGACCUACAUGGCGCCAUAAAGAGGGUGAGCGCUUAUCUACAGAGUUCCCUGCUGGAGGACGAGAUCAACAGCUGUGUGAAACACUGCAGCUUCAGCAGCAUGAAAGACAACAAGAUGGUCAACUACACCCUGGUGACUGAGGACAUAAUGGACCACAGCAAGGGCUCCUUCAUGAGAAAAGGUAAGAUUGGAGACUGGAAGAACAUGUUCACAGAGGAGAUGAAUCAAUAUUUCUCAAGAGUCUUCAAGUCCAAGAUGGAGGACUGUAUUUUAAAGUUUGAGUGGGGGGAGCAACAUGAAGAGGACGCUAAUUAACAAAUCCCACUGAAGAACACCGAACUAUGAAACAAAGCUAAUUAAAGUUUGAAAUGAUGUAGCAGAUGGAUCACGGUGGAUGUGUAUCUCUAAGUUUCAGCUUAAAUAGUUUAAGGAACAUUUUCUGAAAUGCAAUGUUGAGUACCCUUCAUUGCCUCUCAUGUAUAUUGCAGUGUGUCUGUGCAUUAUGUAACACUUGUAAUGAUGUAUGCAGUCUCUUAUUAUCAUAAUUUCCUGUGUAUAUAUCUCUCAGAUAAACUGAAUCCUCUUACAGUUGACUAUGGUCCAACUUAUUUGUUUUUCACGCAGAACAAGUGGCACUUAAGGUUGCUAAUGUGCAGUACAAGCAACGAAAGUGACAGUUAUGUAAGUGGUACGACAAUGAGCAGAGGGGGAAGGACAGGUCAAAGGUUUUAAUACAAAGCUCCUUGUCCAGAGGGCUGAGCCAUCCUUGUGCAUCCUGUCACUUCACAGACCCGAAGAAAAGUGUUGCUCCCCCUCUAGUUUCCAUGUAACGCAGAGCUUUGAUCAAAUCCUGUCGUGUGUGUGUACGAGAGCAAACAUAUGGCACAGAGUGUACAGAACACACUGUGCUCUGUGGCUGAAAGGACCGCUUAUAUCUGAUGAAAGGCAUCAGUCUGGUAAAGGUUGAUAUGAGCAUUAUUACACAGAGGUAACACAGGUAGAGUUUAAAUGGUUGUAGAUAUUUCUGCUAUUCAGAGGUCAAUGAAAUCACUUGUAUGUGGGUUUUGCUGGGUGUAAAAAUAGUGACACUGAGAUCCAUUUUACAUCAUGACUGUCUGUCAUUACGAUAACAUUUUUGUAUUUAGUCUGGCAUGUGCAUUUGAAUCCCCCAGGACCCUACUGUGAGAUUGUUUUUGCUUUGUGGUUUAAAUUAAAUCUGAAUUUAAAAUUA